GCAGGGCAAAAGCAGGAAGAAGGCGGGCAUGAGCCCUCCUAGUAGCGAGUCCACAGAGGCUGACCUCUGAGUUGCCCGCCUCGGGCCGUAGUUGGUCCCUGGCAGCGACCGCCAUGUGGGGGGCGGGGGGCCCUGGAGUAGCAGCGGUGAAUGUCGCCUUGAGUAGCGCCCGGGACUGCUUCCUGCACCUGCCCGCUGGCUUAGUCUCCAGCCUCCGUCUGCAGCAGGAUCAAGCUGUCAAAGUUUCCUGGGGUGAUCAGCCUGCAUUCUUGGGUUGGACAGAAAUCAGACAUUGUCAUCAGAAUGGUGAAAACACUGUUGAAAUAAGCAGACAGCUAGCAGAGAAACUUGGUGUUGAAGAUGGGCAACAGAUAUUCCUGGAGCCUUGUUGCCAAGUUUUGUCCUGUCAGCAAGUAGAAGUGGAACCACUUUCACCUGACGAUUGGGAGAUACUGGAGCUGCAUGCUUCUUCACUUGAAAAUAAUCUUCUUGAUCAAAUUCGAAUAGUGUUUUCCAAAGCUAUCUUCCCAGUGUGGGUUGAGCGCCACACUUGUAUAUAUAUCCAGAUAGUAACUCUAAAACCAGCUGCUCUUUAUGGGAGACUUGAAGCUCGAACAGAACUCUUCAUACGCCCUAAAAUGCAUCAUUAUGGAGAAGGCUCCAUCAUUCUGCCAUCUGUUAAAAAAGACAUUUUGCAGGACUCUGUUCCUAAAGCCAAGCUAAAUCCAAUAGAAACAAUUACCAAGUUGGAAGCCAAAGAGACUAAUUUAAAUAUGGGAGUCCAAGAGCAUACAGCAGACCCAAAAGCAUCCAUGGGUACGAAGGUCUUGCCAAACAUUUGGAAUCUAAUUGGGAACAUUUUUUCUUAUACUUCUGACAGGAAACACGAAACUUCUAAUGGCACUGAUGAACUCAAUGCUGUUAAAGACAACUUCUUAAACCUGAUUUGUAUGGAUUCAGUUUUCAGAGUAUGUCAGUCUCAGCCUCCCAGCGUGCAAGGCACAUGGACAACAUCCAAAUUUCAGAAAUACAACACCAUUCAUGUUUUUCCAUGGAAUACAGAAUGCCCUGCUUUAGAAGCCAAUAUUAAAGUCUCUUAUGGGUCAAUUACUAGACUACUUUCUCCAAAACAGCAGCAUCAAGAGUCAAAGCACAAUCUAACAGCAAAGAAAGAAAAGCAGACGAUCGGUAAAGAAGACCAAAAGCAGCCCAGUCAUAGUAAAAAUCUAGACUCUAGUGAGGCUUCUGUUGUACAGAUAAUAUGGAAUGGAUUUGAGGAUCUGAAAAAUGCUAUAACGUCCAAUAACUGUAUGGAGCAAUUACAUGUUGGAAAAGUUUGGAUACCUGAAGAGUUGAGGAGGAGAUUAUACAUAGAAAUGCACGCAGCUGUCAGAAUCACCUCAGUUAAUUCAGACCCUAAAAUUCCAGUGUCUCUUAAGCUGCACCCCAAAAGAACAUUGAAUAAAGAUAUCUGUGAAGAUGACAUCAGAAAUGCCUUUUAUUUGUGGAUUGAAGAUUACCUCAAUUUUCCUUUGAUAAUAGGUGACACAAGCUAUAUACAGCUGUCUCUUAAAGACGGUAUGGAAGACUUUGUACUCAGUGUAGUUACUUCUGACACUGAAGAAAAGAAAACAAAUAAUACUUUCAUCUUGAAUCCUAGCUUGCUGCAGAAAGCAAAUAUACAAGUUCUGGUACAUCCUGUGACUUCCGUAAACAGUGACAACAGUGAACAGUCUUCUUUUGAUGAGUUGCCUCUUUGGCUGAAUUUGAACUCUUUAGGAGGAGUAGAUAGGGUAGGAAUAUCCACUUUCAAAUUCAUAUCACACAGCCUUUUGGGACGACCACUGUCUCAGAAGUUAGCCCUUCUUUCUGCAGGACUGCGCAGUGGAGGUGUCCUGAUCACUGGAGCAAAGGGGAGCGGCAAGUCAACAUUAGCUAAGGCUAUCUGUAAAGAAGCAUUUGAUAAACUGGAUGCCCAUGUAGAAGUAGUGGACUGUAAGGCUUUAAGAGGAAAAAGAUUAGAAAACAUACGGAAAAAACUUUCAGAAGCCUUUCUAGAGGCAGGAUGGAGACAGCCAUCGGUUGUUCUGUUAGAUGAUCUUGACCAUAUCGUUGGAGUUCCCAGUGCACCAGAGCAUGAGAACAGCCCUGAAGCAGUCCAAAGCACUCGCCUUGCUCAUGUCUUGAAAGAUAUGAUCAAAGAAAUUAUUUCUAUGCGCAGCUUGAUCGCACUCAUCACCACAAGCCUAUCUGAACAGUCACUACAUUCUUCUCUUGUUUCGGCUCAAGGAUUUCACGUAUUCCAAUGUUUCCAACGUAUCCAUGCUCCAAAUCAGGAACAAAAAUGUGAAAUACUUCAGUCCAUAAUAAAAAAUAAACUUGACAGCAGUGUAGUCUGUGAGUGUGAUCUCCUUCUAAUUGCAAAGGAAACAGAAGGAUUUGUAGCUAGAGAUUUGACAAUGCUAGUUGAUCGUGCUAUACAUGCAUGUGUGUCUCGCCAAGGGACAUGUAAAAAAGAAGAUCUGGUUCUAACAACAGUAGACUUUCGGAAAGCUUUACAAGGUUUUACCCCAACAUCUUUGAGAAACAUUAACCUCCAUAAACCUCAGGACAUUGGCUGGGAUAGAAUUGGGGGCCUUAAGGAGAUACAACAAGUACUUAUAGAUACUAUCCAGUUACCUGCAAAGUAUCCAGAAUUAUUUGCAAACCUGCCCAUACGGCAAAGAACAGGGAUCUUACUAUAUGGAGCUCCAGGAACAGGAAAAACAUUAUUAGCAGGCAUAGUUGCUCGAGAGAGUGGAAUGAAUUUUAUCAGCAUCAAGGGGCCAGAACUGCUCAGCAAAUACAUUGGAGCAAGUGAACAAGCAGUCCGUGAUGUAUUUAACAGAGCACAGGCAGCCAAGCCUUGCAUACUUUUCUUUGAUGAAUUUGAUUCUCUUGCUCCUCGGAGAGGUCACGAUAACACCGGUGUGACUGACCGGGUUGUAAAUCAACUGCUGGCCCAGCUAGAUGGAGUAGAAGGUUUACAAGGAGUUUACGUACUAGCAGCCACUAGUCGUCCUGAUUUGAUUGAUCCUGCUCUGUUGAGGCCUGGUCGGUUGGAUAAAUGUCUGUACUGCCCACCUCCUGAUCAGGCCUCCCGACUUGAAAUUUUAAAAGCACUAAGUCAUUCUCUUCCUCUGGCACAUGAUGUGGAUUUUCAGCCUGUGGCAGAAAAAACUGAACAUUUCACAGGAGCAGACCUUAAAGCUUUAUUGUACAAUGCCCAGUUAGAGGCAGUACAUGCUAACUUGGGAUCAUCCCUGCCACAGGAUAUAGGUUCCAGCUCAGAUAGCGAUCUCAGUCUGUCCUCAAUGGUUUUCUUAAACCAAAGCAGUGGGUCAGAUGAUUCUGCAGGUGAAGGAGAAGGGGAGCCAUCUUUAAUUUCUCUUGAGAUGUGCGAGCCACUUGCUGAAGAUCCAAGGUCCAACAUCUAUCGUCUUUACUUUGGCAGCUCCUAUGAAUCCGAGCUUGGCAAUGGAACGGUUUCAGAAAUGAGUUCUCAAUGUUUCUCAGGCCCAAACUCCAUAAGUCAUGAUUUAACCAGCAUCUCUCUCAAAGAUUUAGUAUCUACUCAACCCCCAGUGUUAAGAACAACCUUACAAGAAGGCUACCAUGAACUUAACCAAGAACAGAUAGAGCAACUCAGGGCAGAAAUAAAUGCUAUCAAGGCCAACUACAGGAGCAAAAAUGGGGAAGAUCUCAGUCCUAGCUCUUCAGCGCUAACUAAGAGAACUUUAAACAUUACUCAGACUCAUCUUAUGACUGCUUUUAGAAAAACAAAACCAUCUAUUAGUCCGGAUGACUGGAAUAAUUAUGCUGAACUCUAUGAUAAUUUUAAAAAUCCAAAGAGGAGAGGGCCCAACGGAACAGCUUUCAAACCAGGACAAAAAGUGACAUUAGCUUAACUGAUGGUGAUGUUGCAGUGAUUAUGUCACUAAGUAAUUUUCACAGCAGAUUGUUUACAUUGCUAAUUCAUAUGAAAAUAUAUACCUUUUCAUAUGUUAAUGCUAAGAUAACAUAAUAGAUUACUUUGAAAUUAACACAUAAAAAUUAUUUUAUAUUGUUUUCGUUUUUAAAUUAUGUCUUCCUGAAAACCAAUAUUAAAAUGUUUGAAAUACUAA